AUAAGAAUGGGUCAGCUAUGUGGACGAUGCAUGCAACUCCUGCGAGACUUCGUAGGCUUUGUUCAGAGGAUGUCCUCUGACUUGGUGCAAGGCAUCAAGGAAUGCUUAACUCUGAUAAUCAAGUGCUCCUGCUUAAAACAAAACAGCUCUAAAAACAGACAGCUGUACAAGCCCAUCCUACAGCCUCAUGAGAGAGUGACAGCACAGGAGUUUCUGCAGCAUAUUGAAACAGAUUUUGAAAUGUCUCCUCUUGGAAAGGACCCUCUGGAAGCCUUGAGGACCUUAUCCUUUUCAGAAAACCCAGGUUUACAGCAGUCAGCUGCCCUCUAUUACUUGCAUAUGAGUCAGCACAUGAACAUCCCCCUGCCUGUGGAGCAUCUGGAACCCAUCUAUGCCUUAUUAAGUUCUGCUGACCUGGAGGUGCAGCAGAUGUCUUCUUUGUCCCUUGUCAACUUCUUGCUGGAAGGAAAUAUUGACAAAGAAUUAGUUGUCCAAAUGGGUUUACUUGAGCCAAUUCUGGAUCUGCUUGAGUCAGAGGACCCUACUGUCCAGUGUAAUUCCUGUGCCUGCAUCAUGACUUUGGCUGUUUCAGAGUCCAACCGAGAGGCUAUUGGUGCUGCUAGAGGAGUUACACCCCUACUGUCUCUUGCCAAGUCCUAUGAUCCCAGAGUCCAACAAAAUGCAGUUGGUGCUAUUCUGAACCUCACACAAUCAGAGAAAAUCCAACAAGUCCUAUGCAAGGAAGGAGCCCUACCAGUUCUUGCCUUGCUGCUGGAAUCUCCUGACUCAGAAGUCCAGUAUUACAGCUGUGCUGCCCUGAGUAAUGUGGCAGCCAAUGUUCAGCACCACAGAGCCUUGCUGAGACCCAGUGACAGAGUCCUUCUGCGGACAUUGAUCUCUCUUCUGUCCUCUUCUGUGGACAAGGUUUCAAGCCAGGCAUGUGUUUGCUUAAGAAAUUUGGCUACCAGUGCAGACAUCCAGGCUGAGAUGGUUGCUGAGAAUGCCCUGCCCAAGCUGUGCUCUCUCCUGGCCUCUGGCAGCGAGGACGUGCGCCGUGCCUCCAUUGCUCUGCUCUGGAUACUCUCCCAGCACCCACCCAACCAGGACACUCUGGCAUGUGCUGAGCUACUGCGGAGCCUGGGGACAUUACUGGCAGCACAUAAAACAGACCCUGUGAUUGUUGGACAUACUGCUUGCAUCAUCAAAAAUCUGAGCCUUUCAAAAAACAGACAGAGAAUCACAGAGAGCUGCUGUGUCGAAGGUCUCCUCCAGACCAUGCUUUUGACUGACGCUCAGGAAGACUCCCUUCGUUACGUGACAUCCUGCCUUGCUGAGCUAGCAAAGCAAGAAGAAGCCAUGUUGCACAUGGUCCAGUGGAUGGAUGAACCUUUGACAAAGUGCUUGGUGAGACUGGCUGGCCAACUGGAAUAUCCUGAACCAUCCUUUCAUGCUGCCUUCAUCAUCCAGCACAUGACUGGUCAUGAAAAAAUGAUGCUUUUGUGGAAGCAGUACAUUGGAGAGAUUCAAGCCUACCUCAAGAAUUUUCUUACCCACCAAGAGGUCCGUUUUCAGCAGCUGGGCAUCUCCACAUUCUGCAGACUACGAGCAGAUCCAGACUUUUCAUUAGCAUUCAGAAAAAGCCAAAUGGCCAAACUCCUUGAGCGAGUCCAUCAACAAACAGAAGAAACUCAAGAGCUCCUUAGGGCAGCUAUGUCCCAUGAAGACAGUUAA